CAAUGUAGAAAAAGAAGAAACCAGAUUGAUAAAGGAAGUGCUGGGUACUCCGGGGGCCCUCGAGUUUGGGGAAGCUCACCCUCCCUUGCUCUUCCGAAGGAACCUGAUCCACGCUUUCCACGUUCCUCUGGACUCCCCGAGGAGGCACCUCUGUAGGGCCUGCCCUCUGGCCUUGACAGAGCUGCUUGGCUUCUCCUCUCCUGGGAGGAGAGUGAGACCAUGGGUCCGUCCCUGCUGCUGUCCCUGCUGCUGCUGCCGGCAUCUCUGCAGGCUGGCAGCUCAAAAGAAUGCAAUCCAAACACUGACUUUGGGAUCAACCAACCAGCGUCUCUCUCAGCCCCCGAGGGUGGUUCCACCUGCAUCUCUUUCUCCUACUUCCACUGCUGGGAGUUAGCCAAGGAUCCCAGACUGAGUAUAGCCGUCAGACGGAGAGACUUCCAUGGAGAGGUCAUCUACAACAGUACCCAGCGUUUUAUCCAUAAGGAUUACAAGAACCGGAUCUCCCUGGACUUGAGAGAGGGUCAGAACUCCGGCACCCUGUGUAUAUGGAACCUGCGGAAAGAAGAUGAGAAUAGGUACUUUUGCCAGGUCCGAGUGGAAACGCUAAGAGACGGCAAACAGGUGUGGCAGUCCAUCCCAGGGACCAAACUCACCAUUACCGACGCUGCCCAGAUGACCACAAUCACCAAGGGCCCUACCACCACUGUCACCACCACCACAAGGGACAUGAAUAUGGAAACCAUGGUCAAGGUCGCACUGCCCAUUGCUGUGUUCAAAACUGCAAUUUUGGGACUGGUUGUCUACCUCUGGUGGAAGAGAAGCAAAGGAUGAAGUGCAGGAUGACAGCAGCAUCCUCUAUGCCUCCUUCACCCUCUCCAGCUCCUCCCUGCACCCCUCCCAAGGAGAGCCCGCAGGAGACCUUGUACUCUAUCGGAAAGGCCCAGUGAGCAGGACUGAAUGGGGACUCCCUGAGACUAAGCUGCACAGAAGGUCACAGCUUCUAGUAAUAACCCUGGCCAGACACAGACAAAAGCCAGUGGGUGUGGAAGGCCACCAAGGACCAGAGAGAAACAGAGCCAUCUGCUUCCAUUCCCUCUUCAACUGCCCAGCCCUUGCCCACAAAAAUAAAAGUACUAGUAGAAUUUGCCUGAAGGCACCUAAGGAGAAA